CAACAGAGGGAGAUGGGGACAAAGGGAAGAGGGGAGUGAGGGAGGAGGGCAACAGAGACAGUGGGAGGAAGACAAAGGAGGUGGGGUGUGAGUGGGGGGGCAGUGGGGUCAUCGGUGAGGGGAGAUGAGAGAGUGCAGGGAAAUGGCAGGGAGAGAGUCCCGCUCGUUGCCAUGGCUUGCUAGACUGCGAUAAUAAGAGACAUCCGAGAGACCCCCGGAGAGUGCUGGAGACCGAGCCUGAGACUGACAGACCCCGCAGCCUGGUACCAUUCGGUGACACCAUGAUCCGGAUUAAAGGACAUCUCCUGUGACUCACCCCACCCAGGAGCAGAGACACCCAGGCUGGAUUGCUGAUAACAGACUCCGCAUGGGGCUGGAUCGUUAAAACGGUUGUGGAAGGGUGACGGCGCGUGGAGGAUCCAGGCAAGGCCCCCCCCCCGGGGGAAACAUGACCACCACUAUGCAAACGCUACGCUUCCAGCUGCUACCCCCAGACCCGGGGCAGGACUGGCCUCCGCCAUGCGAGCAGGAGAUAGAGAGGAGGUACCAGGUGGUCCCGUCGGUGGUCUGCGCCAUGUGCUGCCUCUUUGGGAUCAUCUACUGCUUUUUUGGUUACCGCUGCUUUAAGGCAGUCAUGUUCCUGACGGGCCUGAUGUUCGGCUCGGUGGUCAUCUUCAUGUUGUGUUACAAAGAACGUGUCCUGGACACCCAGCUGAGCGUGGAAGCCAGCGUCGGCAUCGGACUGAGCAUCGGGGUCCUGUGCGGGCUCGUCACCAUGCUGGUGCGGAGCGUGGGACUCUUCAUGGUGGGCUUGUUGUUGGGGUUGCUUCUUGCCAUUGCCACCCUGAUCGUCAUGGAGCAGUUUUAUCACCCCCGCACCGUCUGGGUACCGGUGGCCCUUCUACUAGGCAUCGGGAUGCUCUUUGCCGUCCUGACCCUGCAGUGGCAGCGUUUUUUCACCACGCUCUCCACCGCCGUCUUUGGCAGCGCCAUCAUGACGGUGACGGUUGACUACUUCAUCGAACUCUUUCUCCUGGUGCAGUACGUGUACCAGCGCAUGAAGGUGGCCCCUCCGCAAGCCGUCUGCUGGUACAGCUGGGUCAUCCUCGGGAUCUGGCCGGUACUCAGCAUACUGGGAGUUCUCGUACAGUGGAAGGUCACCGCUGAGGGCUACUCGCAUACAGAAGUUAUCAUCAGCCGGCAGCAGCGCCGGGUCCAGCUCAUGAAGAUAAAGCAGCGGGAGGAGCGCAAGGAGAAGAAGAAGAGGAAGAAGAGACCUCAUCACCACCAUCCCAACCCGCAGCAUAAGACCCCUCACCCACCCGAGCCGGCCUUCCGCAGGAAGCCCACCCCCAUCCGGCGCUUCGACGGGGAUGUGAUCUCCCCUAGUUACAUCCAGAGUUUCCGGGACCAACAGACGGGUUCCUCGAGAGGCUGCAUAACCGGGGCUCACACCGUGGUGGAUUUGGACUAUGACUGCGGCUCGCGGGUGCCGUUAACAUCCGGAGCGGCUUCGGCCGUCAGAGUAUAGCACAUACCGAGGAAGAGUGGGGAGGAGAUGCAGGGAGCUGGGGGGGGUCCUUUGUACGCCCUGAUAUCGUGUGUUAACCCCCAAAAAACACUGUGACAGUGAAAAUGCCGAUGGAUUAACGGAAACCCGACAUUGUCUCGCACCCCGGAGCCGUACGGUGCCCCCCGCUGCUUGCCACCAUUUCAUCGAGCCUAUGCAGACAUGCGCCCGACGCAGUAGAAACCGCAUCCCGCGGUAUGUGACACUAUAUUAACACUAUACAACCUGAACUUCUACCUACCUCCCCAUGAGUACUACAUGCACUACAGUUCCCCACCUCCCUGCGCUCAGGUGGAAAGCCUCUUCUCCUCCCCUACAUGGACUUCCUAGCAUCAUCUUUGGAUCUGGGAAGACCCAGCCAGGCGGUGACCUGCGUGCCUACAUCCCACCGACCCACUGUACGGACGGUGCCCUUCCUGGUCCGGUUCCGGGGUGCGCGUCGGCGCCACCUAGUGCUCACGCGUAAGAACAACGGGGACUGUCCUUCGGAGAGAAGGGUCCGUUUCACCCGGGAAGACAUCUAUCUGCUGGAUCAGUCAGUGGUGGGGGGGUUGAAAUUUAGCCCAUGCAUUUCAGGAAAAAAAAGCCACAAGAUUUGGAUAGAAAAACAAAACAAAACAAAAAAACAAAAAAGACUUUUACGGACUUUUCGGCGGGCGUUCGUUUUUUUAAUUAUUGUAAUUGAGGUGGCGGGGAGUUAUAAAGCAGCGCAGUUUGAGGAUACGUAAGUUGAGGUGCGUUUGAUAGACUGCAUGAUAGGACUACUUGGGUACCAAGGUUCCCGUGUCUUCUGCCCAUCCCCCACGCCAUCAGUGCAUCAUUCCUUUUCAUUUGUCAUCUUGUCGGCGGGGUCAGCAGCCUCCAUUAUUCAAUGGACUAGUAAACACCUGCCUUUACCAUCUCGGAUGGAAGGCGCAUCUCACCCGUAUCUCCAUGCUGUGUUGUCGAUGAUCUCUGGGCUAGUUAAAGCUGAAACGUGUAGUGUCCAUACGGCUAGCUCACAUCUCCGCUGUUUUCCUGUGAACCCCCGCUGGUUGCCCC